GCGCCCCAUCCAGUCCCUCUCUUGUCUUGCUCCCAUCUUCUUGCCUUCUUCCAGUCGUGUUUCGACGUCUACUUAUACGUCUCGGAUUCUUUCCAGCCUCGCCAGAGCGAGAGGCCAGACAAACCCCAGGAAACACGCCAUCCUUUGAGCCAGGGCAGGCUGGUUUCUGCUGGGCCCAUUUGUGUGGCUGUCCAACUCCCUUUCUUUCAGUUCAGCUUUUUCCUUUCCUUCCCACCCACCACCCCCCGUUUCCGAAUUAUUCCCAACCGACAGCCGGCUGCUCUCGCCCCGUGUCUUGACUUGAUUGCUCUCCCAUAGCCCCCCAGACAGAACCUCACCGCGGCACAUCACUCCUGGACCACACAGCAUUGGAACGGCAUGGCACCCGCAAUCUCCGCAUAGCAACACUCUUGCCGUCGACCCUCGGUGGGCUACUGCCCCAUAGCCCACUCCUGGCACCAUGGGAAACGCCCAGUCCACUGAGACAGCCCGGAGGUAUUCCCAGAAGCUGUCCAAGCCGAAAACCAACAAUCAUGCCACAGCCGGUCUGCUGAGCCCCAGCGGCUCCUCAAAUAACCCCAAGAGAUACUCCAACCGCCCACUGCCAGAUCCUCCAUUGUCUUCUCCCUCGCCAGUCUCUACCCCAACCUCAUCGGUUUUUGACCAGGCCGACACUGCCCAGACACGCAACGGCCGCAGUGCCUCGUUCACAUCAGUCCCAGCUCUGCAACAGGAAUCCAAACGAAGAAGCCUGUUCCGCGUGAGGUCAACCCAAGUUGUGCCUGACGCUGACCAUCGGGAUAGCAUUGGGUCGGGAUCGAGGAUGGUGGAUCUGAUGAACAGGGCCAACUCGUUGACGUAUGAGUCGGCAGUCGCAUACUAUGGGCCGCCCGAGCCUGAGGAGUGGUCAUCCGAACCUAGAACCCGGACAUCUUGGAACUAUAACUUGACGUCAUAUGAGGCUAAGCGUUUGUUGAAUCUCGUCGAAGAACCAGGGCUUGAACAUGCGACGACCAUGUCAGAGAAUCGGAUGACGGUUGUCACCGAGACGACGUGGAAGAGCUCCAAUCCGACGAACCCUCCGAGCACCUCGGUCACCCGUGCCAACUCGGAAGUCUCGCUCUACAUGCCUGUUCGACGAAGAUCCAUCAUCCAAACGCCAGGCGUUGCUACCCGAGCAAAUUCGAUGCGCAGCGUUCCCGGACAACCGAGAUUCAAUCCACGAUAUAGUCACCCUCCUACCCCAAGUCUGUCCAGGCAACCGUCUUUCGACUCGUACCGAGAUGGAAUUGUUUCUAUGCCGCCUCGGCUUGAUGAUAUCGGGUCGAUUCCCAGAGCGGUAACGCCGCGCGAGGAAGAUUACCAGUCAAUUGGUGGUUAUAAGUUGGGUUCUUUGCGUAUCACGAACGGGCCCGCCAGCCCUUCGAGUCCGGAGGUGGAGAGAAAAGGUGGAAGUCGGUUCAAGUUGGGGGGAGAUGAUGACUACUUUGCCAACACGACAGCUUCGGACCAGAGCAGCACGACAAACCCCACUACCGCUGCACUACCACCGACACAACAACAGCCAGAUGCUGCGGGACUCAGUCACACGACCACGACCGUUGUAAGCCAGCAGACAAGCGUUGUCUCUGACGGCGUCUCUGUCACGAGCACUCGACAAUACUUGAAGGAAGUCAACAUCAGCCCGCUCUCUGUCCGUUUAUCUCCUCCGACAAGCCCGCGACUGCAGACCACAUCCAAGCAUACCGCCCAGGAGGAUUCACUGUUCGAGGAUGAUGUUCUGUCGGAGAUUGCAGCUGCCGAGAUUCUGGACGUUCGUCUGGAUCCCAGUGCAAAGCCAUCUCAAGUCACUCCGACCAAGGCUCUGUCCAGAAGCGACAGCGGAUUCAUCUCGACGACGAGCCCCUCCCCCGAAUCCCCGCACAAGCCAUUGACAAAAGCCGAUUCCGGCUAUAGCUCCAAUGUUUCUCUCCGCUCCUUCAAGGCGAAGGAUCAACCUUCUAAGAAGGAGAGCAUGCGCUCGCUUGAGGGCCGGUCGGAAGCAAACCGCCGGAGCAGCUCAGUCAGAUCCGAUGAGCGGGAGCAGAUUGUGCCCGCCUAUGUCAUAGCACCACCGAGAGAAGCACCGCCUCCUCCAGUACCUCCGAAAGAUGCUCGCCGCGAGAGCCCGGGUCCGUCGCCCAACCCAAGGUCUGCCAGACAAUCGAGCCGCUCCACCAGCAACCUAGCUCCGGAGAGUAGCCUCAACAGAGCGGGAAACUCUAGGGAGCCGCUUUCUCUGACUCCAAUCAAGAACCUCCGAUCUCGUGAUCGCGGACCAGCGUCUCCCGAAUCUGUCCCCACUCCUGUCAGUGCCAAAUCGUCAAAGUCUGACAACUCUACCUUGAGCAUUGGGACCAAGCCUCAGAAACCCAACAGACUCCAGAGACUCCUAAGCAGUGCUCGUCGCUCUGCAGCUGGCCCACUGGAAGCCCAUGCGACACAUGCUGUUGGGCAGAACGCCAUUCCGUCGAUACCGAGAGAGGUGGAAAGCAAGCUUCAGGAGCACAAUGGCAGGUUUCCCAUAACAACCAAGAGGCUGGCACUGAGGCCUCGAGCCAGUUUGGAUACUCUGAAGACCAUUUUCAGUGUUGGAAGCAUGGAGGCUAGUCUCGAUGCCCUUCACACGGCUCAGAAGCCCCCUGCUACUGCUGAAUCAGGAGCAGAGCACAGCGCAAAGGAGAGUUCGUGGAGGCAAACCAUGCACUCUGUGCCCACGCACAUUGCCCACGUCGCCUCGCAAGUUAUGCCGAAGAAGCCCAUCGUGCGGAAGCCUGUAGUAGCUCGGCAGAGUCUUGAGAACCGAAGGAGCAUGGAUGGCAGGCCACGGCUUGUUUCUGAAUUUGCCAACAGCUCGCCUAGGCACUCUCACGAAGCGACACUUGAUGCUCUGGUGGGUGGUCGUGCAGUCAUCUACUCGCCCCCAGACGAGGACCAGGAGGAUACGAGGUAUGCCAUCGCGCACACCGAACUGCUUGCUUCGCUUCCAUCACCCUUGCUUCCUAGCCCACUCGCCAAGGCGAUGUCCAUGAGCAGCAAGACCAACACACCACCUCCGGUUAGUAUGGCGACGAGGCGCCAGAUGUCCCUCCGCGUGCCACCGCCCUUACGAUCACAGUCUUCCAACUCGAGUCUUCACCGCACGGCCAGCCGCGAGAGCAUUCAGAGCUAUCCUGCUGCUCAAUCCCUCUCGAGGAAGCCCAGCAGGGAGAGUAUUCGCAGCUACCCAUCAUACCAGCAAGGAAUGAUUCCGGACGCGGCUCUGCCCUCUGCUGCACCCACAAUGGAUCCCCGCCGCCUUUCAGCAUUCCGUCAGUCGAGCAACAGGCCCCCCGCCUGGGAAGUUCAGUCCGAGUACGGCGGACUUUCCCGCCAGCCUUCAUACACAUCGAUGAAUGGUGGCAGCAGGCGGGGCUCACUCAGCUCAGUCCAGGAGCACGAAGAGGAUGUCAUCAAGCGCCCUAGCAGCGCUCAGCCAUGGCAGAUGCGGUCAAGUCAGCAGCAGCAGCCCUUGAGGCACCGGGCCAGUCACGAUGAGUGGAACCAGUUCGCAAGACGGCCACAAGCUGGACAUCCUCCCUCCAUGUCCAACGGCUACACAGCAACCGCCAAGUCAGUGUAUGAACCGCGGUAUGCGCAACAGCAACACACCCCGGCCAGCACUUGGAGCCGGAGUCAGCUUGAUGCCUCGGCUGGGCAGUGGUACCAAGAUGCAUCUUACCCCCAGGUGCCACGAGGACAUUAUCGCAAGCGCAGUAUGAGCUUGCAAAACUCGUAUGGACCAAAACCUCCCUACCGAGUGUUGCAUAGCUACAACUCGCCCGCCUAUCGCAACGCCCCUAUUUGGGGAUGA